AUGGUCUUCUACAAACGGGCUCCGGUGCCCUUCGUGCCAGACCCCAACAUCCGAGAUGAAAACACCACUGUCUGGAUGAUCAAGGCCACUGGCGAAAUAUUCACCGAGUACGACAAGUACGCGAACAGGUUGGAUUUUUAUCGCAAGAAACAAUUCACGAACCAAAUAACCGGCCAAGGCAAUCUUUCUUUCUUCGAUGCGUUGGAGGCAGAGGACGAGGACGCUCGCGAAAUCAGGAGUAUAUUCCCCGGCCCUUUGCGGUAUCAGGUCUGCCGCAAGGUCCACCACUCAACAAUUCCCCGCCUCGAGGAGCUGGUGACCCGCGUUCACGCCGAUUUGAAGGAUGACUACUACCCGGGUGAGCACGUCAUCGCCCAGAUCGAUGAGAAUGCAGACAAGCGCCUACCUGGCAUUAUCCGCGAUAAGAUUACGUUCUCGCCGUCCGUAGACAUCAGGAGCCACCCGACGCUCCACCAGCCCCCGUUGUCUCGUUACUUCGUCACCGUGCAGCAGGAUAAUGGUGGAUCCAAUGAUAUGCUUCUGGAUAGUAAAAGGCUGUCAAGGGAUCGGAGAACGUACUCUAGGUCAAUCUUGCGGAGCUUUAUCAGGAACAUUGCCCACAGCGAGAACUAUAAGGGCGCGCCAUGGCAGGUGAAGCCAGAGCUUGUCGCCGAAUUUAGGUUGCCCAAGGAGGUUCCAUACCAUCUUACGGCACAGGGCAUUGCUGAAGCCAAGAGGAACGUCAUGAAGAACGAAAACACCACUUUCUUCAAUUACUACAGAGGUCCGGGUAAUGAGCUCCAGCGUCAACCUCCGCAGACCGUGGCCUUCCAACAGGCCAUGUUCCCGCCACCUCCACCUGCCGGAAGUGGUGUCUUUAGGCCAGGACCUGGCGUUCCAGCUCCUCCUCCGUUCCAGCCACCUCCAGGCCCUAAUGGUACUCCCCCCAUGCCUAUCAAUGGUCAAUACGUUCCUAUCAAGUAUCCUAUCGAGGAUCUUCUUAUCCAGCCAAAACGCAAUGGACUCCAGCGCCCAGCGCUCAAGUUCUUGUCCGAUGACGUUCCUGAAGGAGCUGAGCCGCCAGCGGAGAAGCUUGGACUUGAAAUGAAGUCCGUAGGAGAUCUGUUGUUCAUCUGGCAAACUCUCAAUGUCCAUGCGGAAGUCUUUAUUUUAGACUCAUUCACCGUCGAUGAUUUUAUCGAAGCACUCGGCUACCAUGGAGAUGCCAUGAACUGUGAGCUCCUUGUUGAGAUGCACUGUGCUGUCUUGAAGCAGCUGGUGGAUGAAAAGGGCCACAUCAAGGUCCUUUCGGAUCUGGCAUCUGAAUUCUCCCAGGACAUCGAACCAGAAGAAGAUGAAGCUGAGGAAGACACCAAGUCGCCAACGCCGGCUCGUUCGGAGACCCCCCCUGCCAGGCGGACACAACUGCUUUCCCAGUUUGACUGGAUCGAUCACCUGGCUCGGCGUAGCUUCCAGGAUGGAGAGGUCUGUGAGAAGAUUCUUGCCCACCUUGUGCCUUCGGACUUGGAUCCCGAGCCCGAAACUGUCGCUCUCCAGUACAAUACGCUGGAUAUUAACUUCCGCGUUGCCGCCCUGGGCAUUGUAACUCAGUACGCUACAUUCACGGAUGCUGUUCGCACAUAUAUGCAAAACUGUAACAUCAACAUGACCGCGAUCCGGAAUCAGAAGAUGGAGCAGCAGAAGAAGCGGAAAGAGUACCAGGCGGAAUUGGCCCAGCUGGAACAGAAGAGGAAGAUGGAUUAUCCAGCAACUUUGUCUGUCUCCCCCCCUGCCGAAACCAAUGGCGAUGUCAGCAUGUCCGGUGUCACAGAGCCCGACACCAAUGCUGAGCAAGAAGGUGGGGAGGAUGAAGAGGGCGCUCGUCGCCUUCGACGUGCCAACAGCCGCAAACGGAAACACGAAGAUGAGGCUUCGCGGAAAGAGAGGGAGCGCAAAGAGAAGGAGGAAGCCGAAAGGGCCAAGCAGAGGAAUGCUUACCGCGAGUUGUUGAAAAAGAUCGACAAAACGAACGAUGCCAUCAGGAACUGCGAGGCGGAAAUCAGGAAAUUCGACGAGGAACUCCGAGAGAACCAAUGCCAGCAGCUACGUUGCCUUGGCAAGGACCGAUUCUGCAACACCUCCACUGCCGAAUAUGGCUAUCCCCUUUUGGAACAUGACACUCUUGAAGACGAGAGGGACUACAAGAGGCUCACUGGCAUGACGAAAAAGGAGCGUCGCGAUGAAGAGGAGGGUCCUGUCCACUUGACAGACUCGACGCAAUGGGGUUACAUCGACAACCCUGAAGACGUACAGAAGAUCCACGAAUGGCUGGAUGACCGUGGUCACCACUCGAUCAUUGAGUACAUGGUCAAUUGGAAGAACCACCUUAGCGAGGUUCAGGCCCAGAAAACGGCCGGUGAGGACACGACGGGUAUCCAGACCAGGAAGAAGACGUACACCGACAAUGACUCGUCCAAGUACUGGUGCCUCAAGUGGGAGAAUACCUAUGCCCUGGAAGAAUUGGAGCAUCUUCACUCCCAACAACCGCCACCGAAGACAAAGGCGAAGAACUCCCGCACAAAGAAGGGUGGGCGCUGA